CUUCAGUGCUCUGGAAAGAAGAGUGUCACCAUGCAUGCCUUUUUGUCUCUGAUCGGGGCCCUGUGCAUUUUAGGAGCCAACAGCUUUGUCUCAGGAAGCAAAAGAAGUGUGUUACACAGGGUGACAAGAGAACCCGGCGCUCCACCCCCCAUCGAUUGCUUGCUGAGCCAAUGGGGCGAAUGGGGACCGUGUAAUCCAUGUGGCAAAGAAAAAUAUCGGUCUAGAAGUGUCCUGAAGUAUGGACAGUAUGGAGGGAGGCCAUGCUUUGAAUCUCUGGGUGAAAAACAGAGAUGUGAAACAAACCAAGUUUGCCCUGAAGAAGAAAUUGACUGUGGAAAGGAUUUCACAUGUGAAAAUGGAUUGUGCCUCAAACAAAGACUGGUGUGCAACACAGAAAAUGACUGUGGAGAUUUCUCUGAUGAAGAUGUCUGUGAGGACGCUAAGCUUCGCCCGCCCUGCGGUGAUCGCAUUAUUGAUGUAUCAGAAAUUGGAAGGAAAGCAGGCCGUGGAAUUAACAUUCUAGGAAUGAAGCCAAAAGAUACCCCUUUUUACAAUGAGUUUUAUAAUGGACUCUGCAAUCGGGAACGUGAUGGGAAUACGGGCAUCUAUUAUCGUACACCAUGGAAUGUUGCAGUUCUCAAUUAUGAAACAAAAGGAGACAAAAGUUUCACAAAUGAGCAGUAUGAAAACCAGGUGAAUGCAGUGAAGGAGAUGUACACAGAGAAACAAUCGCAUUUUAAGACUGGCUUUUCUCUGAAAUUGAAGCCGACUGAGACUGGGAAUUUGUCGAUAGAUUUCAGCACAGGUUCAGAUGGUUCCAGAAACAUGAGCAUCUCCAACUUCUUGAAAGAGUCCAAUGGAAAAGAUCAAACUUUUCUCCACGUAAAAGGGACCAUAGAAAUGGGAACGUUCCAAAUGCGAAGCCGUGACGUCCGGCUGACUGAGACAUUCCUUGAGGAUUUAAAAUAUCUGCCCAGCGACUACGACAUGGGGGAAUAUUUUAAAUUUCUGGAAACACACGGGACUCAUUAUGCUCGAAAGGGAACAAUUGGAGGAAAGUAUGAACUACUGUACGUGUUGGACAACCAGAAUAUGAUAGAGGAAGGAGUUACUGUAGAGAAUAUAAAGGCCUGCUUGGGAUAUAGUACAGAAUUAGGUGCUACAGCUGGAGAACUUGAUUUGCAUUAUGAAAACAAAGGCGGUGGUUGUGAAAAAGGAAAUGCUGAUAAAAGGAACAACGUAACUGAUCGAGCCGUUAUCCAUAGUGUAAUCUCUCGAGUUCAAGGAGGGACCAGUGUUGUUUUAGCACACCUGAAGGAAAUGUUAUCAAGAGGUACCAAGAUAGUCGAUGUAGAGGACUACGUACGGUGGACUGCUACCCUCUCUGAUGCCCCAGCUGUGAUAGAAUAUGAACCCAGUCCAAUCUCUGCUCUCGUACCCGUGAAGAUGCAUGAUGCCUACAUAAAGAAACAAAAUCUGGACCGAGCUGUGGAGGACUACAUUGCUGAAUAUGAUGUCUGCAAAUGCCAGCCCUGCCAAAAUGGAGGGACUGUGGUACUGGUGAAUGGAGAGUGCAUUUGUGGAUGCACCGCAUAUUUUAAAGGAGUGGCUUGCCAGAUAGCCAAAUCAAAGUUUGAACCAGGACAGGGAGUCAUUAAUGGAGGCUGGAGCUGUUGGUCUAGCUGGUCUCCAUGUGUGAAAGGAGAACGUACCCGGACAAGAGAAUGUAAUAAUCCUACACCUGGAUCAGGGGGCGAGACGUGUGCAGGUGCUGCCUUAGAAACAGGCUACUGCGAUGAGCCAACAGCUUAAGAACAGGAUUGUGAUUAGAUGACGGAAUCAGCCUGAACAUCCUGCAGAUCUAUGCAUCACGCUUCCAGCUCUCAAAGGGUUUUGAAAGAUAACCCAGUUGCUUUCUGAAUUGUAGAACUUCAAUUACUGUGAACACACACACAAAACCCAAAACUGAAAAUAAAUGUAGGCUGACAGCUUGCUGAGUGAGA